AUGGAAUAUGAUGCACUUGCCAAUGUGCCGCGUGGAGAAAUUUGCCUGAGGGGAAGUACCUUGUUUUCUGGUUAUCACAAGCGACAAGAUCUUUCCAAAGAAGUCCUUGUGGAUGGGUGGUUCCAUACAGGUGACAUUGGGGAAUGGCAGCCUAGUGGAGCAAUGAAAAUCAUCGACAGGAAAAAGAAUAUAUUCAAGUUGUCUCAAGGGGAAUAUAUUGCAGUGGAAAGCAUAGAAAGCGCUUAUUCGCAAUGCCCUACAGUGACUUCGAUUUGGGUCUAUGGGAACAGUUUUGAGUCCUUUCUUCUUGUUGUGGUGAUCCCUGAAAGAAAGGCACUUGAAGAGUGGGCGGGAAAAAAUCAUCAGACUGGAGAUUUCAAAUCCUUGUGCGAAAACUUUAAGGCAAGGAAAUACAUUUUAGAUGAACUCAAUAGCACUGACCAGAAACAUCAACUCCGAGGUUUUGAAAUGUCAAAAGCAGUUCACUUGGAGCCAACUCCUUUUGACAUCGAGAGGAACUUUAUAACGCCAAUAUUCAAAUUUAAAAGGCCACAGCUGCUUAAGUACUAUAAGGACUGCAUUGAUCGACUGUACAAUGAAGCAAAGGGGUCAAAGGUGUGACAGCAGUGUUUGAACCUGAUAUGCAGACUGCUGGCAUCAUAGUUCAUUCUUCUUGUUUUUCAAGAACAGAUUAAGCAGUGCUAUUACUGAUUACUUGGGUCAUAUAAAAUAUGAUACACAUUCUGAGCAACUCCCAAUGCUCUUUUUUUUUUCUUCUUCUUCAAGAUCUUGUAUAGAUGAAAGUAAUGCAAGUUCUGCAACUAAAUUGGAGGAUUCUGUGGCCA